AUGCCGGUUGCCUCUCGUAGUUAUGCCGGUUUCCUCUCGUUGCUAUACCGGUUGCUUCUCGUUACUAUACCGGUUGCCUCUCGUAGUUAUGCUGGUUGUCUCGUUACUAUGACGGUUGCCUCUCGUCACUAUGCUGGUUGCCUCUCGUAG